AUGCAGGUCUGGCGCUCUGGUGGUUUGUUAAUACUGCUCAUGUGUCUUGAGUUUGAAAUCAAGAAUGAACGUUAACUAGUUUGGUGGUUUGGAGCUAUAUCAAGUCUACAGCUGCAGGCACUUUUUGGUUGAUUGGGCUACCACGAACAGAUUUGAGUUGGAAACCUGUGUUCCCUGAAGAUUUUAUUAUCAUUUUUACUACAAUUUCAGAGUUUAUUGAACUGUCCUCUCACCAUCAGAGAGCAAAUAAAUGGCUGAUUCUGAACCUGGGAAUUAAUUUUUUGGUGGCUACUAGGUGGCAGAAUUAUGGGGCAUAGACAUUUACUAAGCACAUCCCAAAUGUUUGAAAAUGGACAUGAUCAGAACUGGAAUCAUCUGCAUAAUGAACAGCCUUAUGCAAAUAUGGGUAGGGUUGGCACUGCAGAGAAUGGUUCUUUCUUAUAUCCUGGGGAAAAUAUGUCUGUGGAUGGAGUGCAAUUUGCUUCUCACUGGAACCCUGCACCAAACUCAAAUGGGUAUACGUCUAGUCACAAUAGUGAAAUGCCACAUUACCAACCAGAUGGUUCCAGCUCGUCCUAUGAUCCUUUUCUGCAUCCACCAACUGCUGAUGGAUCUUUUUAUACAGCCCCAGUAAAUUAUGUUCAUCAUACAGCUUCUUCCAAUUAUGAUCUGCAGACAUUCCACGGCAUUGAAGGUGGUUUUGUUGAUCUUACCAUGGGCACUGGAAGAGGGCCUCACAAGAGAAAAAGCCCUGGGGUCCCUUCAGUUUGUGAGAGAGGCAGUACAAGUGGAUUCUAUAAUGCUGGAAGUUCCUCUGAUGUCCCUCUACCUUCUGAAAUCUGGCAGGAGAAACCUAAUAUGGAUUCACAACACAUGUCUUGGGAUUGCAGUACCAUAACUCCAAGUUAUCGAAGUAAUUCCCUCACAAUAAGGGGUGAGGGCUCAAUGAGGAAUGUGAGAAGCCGCCCUGCACUUGAUUUGGAACCCAAUCUCGCUCGGGCACAUUUGUUAACCAAUCCUUCCCACAGUUCUUAUUCAGCAGGCCGGCCCAUCGAUCCUUCUAGCUCGAUGGAUCAUUCAGUUCAGAAUUCUACUGCCUUGGCUAGGGAGUGGAGCCAUAAUAGAAUAUCUCCUGCUCACAGAAGGAUUCAGGUUUCAGAUCCAGGUGUUUUUAGUCAUGAGACCAAUCACUCUCUUGUUGGAAGCAGUUCUGCAAGUGCUUCCGUAGAGAUUGGGGCUUUUCAUCAUGAUUUCAUUUUGGGAAGAAAUCCUGUUGCUCCUCAAAAUUUUCAUGCUAACUCAACUCAAUCUGUGAGGGGUGUUCGCAGUAGCUAUUCUCAUCAGAGAUCUACCCCAACUUUUAGGGCUUCUUCAAGCACUAUGCGUGCUGGACAUGUGGGAUCUUCAGAUGAGGGAAUGCAGUUGAUAGCUGAAAAUUAUUCCCCCGGAAAUCCAAGGCCAUUACCCUCCUUAGCAUGGCGUCACAGUGAUAGGAGCGGAAGAUCAAGGAUAUCACAUGACAGGUACCGAUCACUGGCAGAAGAGCCAAGUCUCCAUGAGCGAUUUUCUUCUGAGGGUUUUAUGAUUGUAGACCGCCCAACCACAUAUGGGCCAAGAAGUAUGCUUGAUCAGCAUAGGGAUAUGAGGCUAGAUGUAGACAAUAUGACAUAUGAGGAACUACUAGCACUUGGGGAGAGGAUCGGGAAUGUUAGCACCGGCUUGUCCGAAGAUCUGAUAUCCAAGUGCUUAACAGAAACAAUCUACUGUUCGUCAGAUCAGAUGCAGGAGGAGGGAACUUGUGUAAUUUGCCUGGAAGAAUACAAGGAUUUGGACGACGUGGGGACACUGAAAACAUGCAGGCACGAUUACCAUGUAACCUGCAUCAAGAAAUGGUUGUCGAUGAAGAACUUAUGUCCAAUCUGCAAAGCUUCGGUUGUGGGGGAUAAUAAAAGGGAGUAACUUAUAUGUACCUGUGGCUUUUCAUUUAUCAUUUUUGUAUAUAUAUAAAAGAUCUGGGGAUCCCCUCAAAUGAAGGAAACAAUUUUUAUUAGAAAAUUUGUAAAUUGAAUGUUAGAUAAUGCCAGUCCAUUAGUUCUUGGCUUCCCUCCCAAUUUUGUGAAGCCUUCAA